CUUCUUCACUGGGCCGAAAUAGAUCAGACCGGACAACAGAGAGAGGGGCCUCCUUCAACUCCGGGCUAGGUCCACCGCCGGAGAAAACGGGACUGUGUCUGUGUCGGCUGGCUGACCAGAACACUUGAGCAGACUAGCAAGGCCUUCAGACCGGGAGGGCUCCCUGUCCUGUCCCCCGCGCCGCCGCGGAUGGCCGGAGCCACCACGCCGGCAUCAGGCGCCCUCGUCAGGCUCUGCCUGCCUUCGCUCCUCCUCUUUCUGUACCGGUGCUGCAGAUGUGAGGCUGUUGAGAUGGAGAGAACCCUUGCGAUGAUCAAGCCCGAUGGUUUGUCAGGUAAGUACACAGAAGCAAUCAAGGAGGUCAUCUUGGAUUCUGGAUUUCAUAUCGUCAAAGAAACCGAGGUCCAGCUUGAUGCUGAGAGGGCAUCUGUCUUCUAUGCGGAGCAUUCCCAGAGAAGCUUCUUUGACAGCCUAGUCAAGUACAUAACAAGUGGUCCAGUUCUUGCUAUGGUUCUGGAAAGACCUGACGCCGUUGCGCAAUGGCGCACUUUGAUUGGACCAACUGAUGCAAAAAAGGCCAAAACCUCUCAUCCAAACAGCAUUAGAGCAAUGUGUGGGCUGGACUCUGAGAAAAAUUGCGUGCAUGGUUCGGAUUCACCAGAAUCUGCAGACAGAGAGAUCUCAUUUUUCUUCGGAGAAGCUGAAUCCGUAACUGUGGAACAUGAUGAGCUAUAGACGCCACACUGGUAUCAGGCAAGUCAGCAAACUGAAUUUUGAUGUGUCUUUGAACUCUUAGGCUAUCUCCUGUAGCUUCUUACUCGUACCCGUUUCUUAUUAUUUUAAAAGUUAUUAUGUAAACAGUAUAAUUUAUAGUGCAAAACAGUGUCUUGCAUGGCCAUAUGCUUGUGGCUUCAUAUGCAGAGUUUACUGAUCUGCUGUGCACAUUGUGAUUGCUAAGACUAGGAUGGCUGAGCAGCUGAGGCCUAUUGGCCAUUCAUAUGCUUCUGCUUGCUCAAGUGUUUACUCUCGAAGUAAUUAUGGGCAUGUUUGGUUCGGAUUAUUAUUCUCUUUUCCACGGAGAAACACCAGAAUCGACGGAUAGUCCGCCAAAUGUCAUGCUUUUUCCGCUUUUCCUCACCGCGGCUUCGGUAGCAAGCGUGGGGUUGAACAAAAAGGCCAGAAUCGUAAGACGCCAAUAGAAUCAUGAUUCUCCCCACCGUCGAUUGUUUCGGACGCGCUCCCGUGAAAAGCGAGUACAAACAUGCCCUAUGUGUAAAGAAACUUAUAUACUACUCCCUUCAUUCUUUUUUAUUUGUCGCGGAUUCGAAAACAGAGGUAGUAUUUGAUUGCACUGGCACUGCACACAAAUAGAUCUUUGCAACUGUCACUUGGCAGUCCUUCAAAUAAUGCAAAUUAGGAUACAGUAGAAUAGAAUCCAUGAAACGGGAAGAGAAGUGCUGGUUUGUCCAAGAGCCGGAUGCUUAGGAUCAGGAAUUUAUUUUCAAAUAAUGCAAAUUAUGCUGGCAGAUUGGUUUCUUUUUUUUAUUUUUAUUUUCGCAAGGAUAUAGAUUUGCUUGUGGUCUGUUUAUUCAUCAUGCAGUUUCGUUUGCUUUGGUGAGUAGUGGCAAUAUUGGCCGGCUCAUUGGACAACGUGGGAGAGUAUCGACUCUGCUGCUUCUAGUGUUCGUCAUGCUUCUUUUAUGAACUAAACCCGAAGACGCUGCAAUUUGAGGAGGGGAUGUCAGUUGUCACAGAGGAGAGAGUCAUUUUUAGGGCUAGUUUGGAAAUCUCAUUUUUUUCAAGAGAUUUUUAUUUUCCUAAAGGAAAUUAGUUUAUUUUUCUUUGAGAAAAUAGAAUUCCCUUGGGAAAUUAGAGUUUCUAAACGAGCCCUUAAUUUCGUAAAAUUAUGUCCGGAGUCCAUAUUUCCUAUCGGAGCACCAUGGUCCUUGAACUUGCAAAACUAUAUGGUGCAAACCAAAUAUUGUUUUUUCAUCCGUGUUGA